GUCUUUGUGUGGUUAAAGGACAAAAGCAGGUGCAGCGUAACAGAUAAGUGGGCGGACCAAUGGGAGGCACCGCUGCUCUGACCGUGAGUGCUGGUUGGCUCGAUAUCUGACGGGGCGGGGCCUUGACUGAUGGCUUUAAAUAGUGCCGGUACAUGUGUGGAGAGGAGCAACCAGUGUGCGCGUGCGAUUGUGGGCUGCUGCAGCGACUGAGACGCCACGGACUUUACUUUUUCCAACCUCGACCUUCCAAACGGCGUGGUUUCACCCAUGACGGAGCGUUGUUAAGUUUGAAGGCAGCAGUUGAGUGUCAGCGUUCUGCUCUCCGGUCCGCCAAUGCUUCUCCACCAGUUCGUGAACGGAGCCCUGGACGUCAUGCAUCCCUCGCCGCCGCAGAAGGACACCACCUUCACCAAGAUCUUCGUGGGGGGUCUGCCCUACCACACCAACGAUGCCUCCCUCAGGAAGUACUUCGAGGCCUUCGGGGACAUCGACGAGGCUGUGGUGAUAACUGACCGGCAGACGGGCAAAUCCCGAGGCUACGGCUUUGUCACCAUGACGGACAGAGGAGCAGCGGAACGAGCCUGCAAGGAUCCCAACCCCAUCAUCGAUGGCAGGAAGGCCAACGUCAACCUGGCCUACUUGGGUGCCAAACCCCGCAGCAUUCAGUCAGGCAUAUCCAUCGGAGUGCAGCCCAUUCACCCGGCCCUGAUCCAGCGGCAGUACGGGUUGGCCCAGCAGUACAUCUACCCCCAGGCCUAUGUGCAGCCCAGUCUGGUCCUCCCCACCCAGGUGUCCUCCUCCAUCAGCAGCAGCCCCUACCUGGACUACGCCGGUGCCUACAGCCAGUAUGCCCAGGCCGCCUUCGAGCAGCAGUAUCCCUAUGCAGCCUCCCCUGCUGGAUUCCUGGGUUACAGCUACGCCACUAGCCCGCCGGCGAGCGCGGGCCCUGCUGCUGGCGCCACGGCCCCUGCCACCGUCCACCCCACCCUCCCAUCAGCUGCAGCCCCGAACCCAGCCUUCCUUCACUACGCACCUCAGCAGCACAUCCAGCCCGACCGCAUGCAGUGAGCGGUGGACGGGACAAGGAGGAGAGGAGGAGGGAGCAGUGUGGAGCCUCCCGACAUGGGCGCUCUGUUUCCGUCAACAGGGCUUUCAGGGAAAAAGGGGCCGGACUAUUGCACUAUUGGGAUGAGCCUUGCUCAACGGAGGGGUAAAUGUACACCGAAGCUACAGACGGCUCAACAUCGAAGGUUGCUUCAUGAGCAGGCUGUUCGUUUUUUUUUUUUAAAUGUUCAAUUAUUAUUAUCGUAUUCAUGUCAUUUCUUCCUACGCCAUUUUCAUGAUCGUCAUCUUGUCUGUCAAGUGGUUUUCCAUGUUCGUAUUUAUAUUUGGAGGGCUCUCUCUCGUGGAGGAACGGAGAAUCUGCUGUGUAACGGUGGCAGCUGCAGGAACAAACAUGGCCUCCGCAGCGGAGGAUGAGAGAUUUGCACCAAGGAAAAAAAUGACUGUGGGAGCUUGGUGGUGUUGAGACUGGACUGUGGCGUCAGAAAAACACUUUUUUUUUUAAGUCUUUCAUAUUAAGAGGCCUUAAUAAAAACUGAUUACUUUUUAAAAAUGUCCUUUCUCAAGUGCACCCUCGAAUCCAGGUGCCAAGAGGCUUUUGUCAAUCGGUCGCGUUUGCGCUGAAUAUUUGUGGAUGGACAGUGGAAUUCAUGGGCAGCGUGUUUGGGCCCAAACUUGCCAUGAUACCUCCAGCUCUGCUCCAUCAUUUAUUUUAUUUAGGCAAAGCAUAAACAAUAUUUAUGUGUAGGAGUAUUUAUAAAAGGUACUAAGUUAAUUUUUUUUUUUCUUUUUGUACUAUAACUGUAGUUGUAGCAUCAAUACUAGUCAACGUCGGCAGGUGUGAGUCGCCUGCUCAGUUCCCUGACUGGUUUUGUCACAUUCUUUUCAACAAAAAUGUCUUUUAAAGUCGCAAAGAAGCCAUAAAAAUAAAGAAUUUGUACUUGAA